AUGGCAUUGGAGAGCCCUCUCGCGCCCUCGCCGGGAAAUAUCAUGUCGGCCUUUUCUCCAUAUACUGACUUCUCCCUGUCGCCCAACUCCCCGGCCCAGCAAUCUCCAAGAUUCCAAUCACUCUCCGCCCGUAGCUCUGCGGAAGCAAAUAGUCUCCAUCCUCACUCGGUAGAUUACGGACUCUCUCCAAACAACGCGCAUAUGGCAAGUCCAAGUGAUAUGGUGGGCCCGUCGCCCGUCACAUCGAAUGGCACUGAAACAACUGAAAUCGACGACGAGGCAGCCGAGGAUGUGCAGGAGCAUGAAUCCAGCCCGACAACAUCCACCACAUCUAGCAUAGCCGAUUCUGUAGAAUCACAAUCUGCUUUGAAGCGACUUAGUACAAACCUGCCGGAGCAUUUCCGAACCUCCCUCGACGACGAAUCUAUAUCAGUCAUACAUGCGCCGGAGGGCUUUGGGGAUUUUAAUACACCAAAGCCAACCCCGCCGGCUCAACCCCCUCAGGUGGAUAGAUCAACUCCGAUACCAUAUCAUCAUGAAGAGACGUCCCCGUCAACUAUCAAAACCGACCUAUCCGUUCCAAACGAUAAGGUUGUCCAAUCAAGCCCCAUCUCACCUCCUCCCAUAUCGACGGAUGUCGCGCCUGUCAGAUAUGCACUGGAAGAUGCAACUCCUCGAGCCCAAACCCGGCAAGAAGUUGAGGCCCUAGUCGGUAAAGGACAACGGUCAAGUAGCGCAAAUAGCCUUGCAGGUGUGUCAACCGGACUCGGCGAUUAUCCGCAUUACUCAUGGUUCCCAGGCAUUCCCGAGGAUCAACGCGAGGUUGAAGAAGAUGAAUUCGACGCGCGAACGGUACACAACACGGACGAAGAAAUUAACGCCCUGAAGACCGCCCUCCACGAAUGUUGGACGCUGUGCAACACCCUGGCCAGUCUUAGCUCGAUCCACCGGGAAAGAAUCUUUAGCUAUUCCGGAACUGGGGAUGCCCACGAGAAAGCUUGGAAAUGCUGUUGGAAACUCUGCCAGAAGCUUUACGACAGCCGUGAUGAGGAUCAUGAGUUCCACGUACGGCCAACACUGGAGCUAUGCCGGGAUUUUUGCCAAGCGUUGUUUGAUGUGAGACAACGAAAGGAUGAGAUCGCUGACUCCGUCCUGCGGGUCAGCUUCGAACUGAAUAACCACCUCUUUAACACUCAUGACCGGUCUCUUCCCGAAGCGUUUAGGGAACGGACCUUGGAUUUCUAUAUUACCUUGUGCCACAGGUUAAUGAAGCAGCGGAAUGAACUCGCUGAGGAAACGGAUGCCCUCCUCCGGGCUUGUUGGUCAUUAGCUGAGAUGCUUUUCAGCCUCCGCCAGAACAAACGAGAUGGGAAGGCAGCAGACGAGGAGCUACUUGGUUCCGCGGUCCAGGCAUGUUGGGAGUUGUGUGAUCUAUUUAGAGAAGGGUGGACCCAGGUCCGACCCGAGCGCGGGACUCCCCGCCCCUCACAAACCACAUUCGCACAAGCGUCUGAACAAAUGAGUCGCUCGUCACAUUCAAGGAGCGGUAGCUUGCCUAGUCUUCCUGAAAACCCUGAGCCUCCAGAACGUACCCACGUACGAUAUAUGCCCGAAACACCCACCACUGAAUUUGAAGACACUCCCAUCUCACCUGAGGAAAACUCCCCUAACAUUCCUAACAUAUUGGUUCUCGGCACCGAAGGGAGCCGCUCCAAAACGAGAUGGUCCAGUGCAACAUCUUCGCUAUCAACCUAUUCCCAGGGCAGCCAGAAAUCCUCCAGCACAAUCACCUCCACAAAAAACACUGAAGAUGUAAAUCUCACCCGUCUCAAGGUCCUCAUCUUAAAAGCCGCGAUGAACGUCGGCUUCUCCCGCACAACACCUACCUCAGCAGCACCUAAUAAAUCCGAUCCACCCGCCUUACAAGCCUUCGUCAAAUCCCUUCCGACGGGUUCUUUUGGCUCUCUACCGUCACAUGCUGCGCUCUUGACCGCAUAUCGAACUUUAGUCCUAAGUGACCCGACAUUCCGAAGUGCUAGUUCACUGCCAUCUAUUGGCAAGAAGGCUAAUGCGGCGGAUGUCGCCAAGAGUGUUGGCUGGAUGAUGAACAGUGGAAGAUAUACGUUUCUGAAAGAUUUAUUCAAGUUAGUUUUUGGAUUCCACGUCGAGGAGGCAGAGACGAGGAAGAAUGUCAGUAUCACGGUAUAA